AUGACGACCACGCACGAGCACAUCUUCAUCGACUUCGUGUGCAUGUACACACCGCCAACCGAGGCGAGCGCCAAGCAUCUCGGCGAGGAACAGGUGACGAUGGAAAACCUCGGCUGGGUGCGGUAUGACCCGUUCCGCAAUAUCGACAACCUCGAACUGCUCGAUGAAGACUUGGCGAUCUACGAAAUCGCGCUGUUUGGAAGAGUGGGCGGAGGCACGAUCGUCGAUGCAACGACCAUCGGCAUCGGGAGAGACCCGCUGGCUCUCGCCCGCGUGGCCAGGGCGACCGGGGUGAACAUCGUGAUGGGCGCGGGCUACUACGUGGAUAUUGUGCAUCCUGACGACAUGGACGGUCGUUCUGAGGACGAAAUCACCCAGCAGAUAAUCGACGAGUUGACCGUCGGUGUUGGCAACACGGGGGUGAAGGCUGGGAUUAUCGGAGAGCUUGGCUGCUCCUGGCCGCUGACGGACAACGAGCGGAAGGUGCUGAGGUCGGGCGCGCGCGCUCAGCAGGAGACCGGGGCGGGCAUACUCAUACAUCCGGGACGGAACCCGCGCGCUCCCUUCGAGAUACUCGACAUCCUCGAAGGAGCGGGCGCGGACGCCGGCCGCGUUAUCAUGGGACAUCUCGACCGGACGGUCUUCGACUCCGACACGCUCUUGGAGUUCGCCGAGCGCGGCUCGAUGCUGGAGUACGACCCUGUUCGGCUGGGAGACGUCGCACUACUCGCUUGGCGCGAACGACAUGAUCCACGACGGCCAGCGGCUCGACUACGUCCAAUUGCUUGUCGAGCACGGUCACCUUUCCAGGAUCGUGCUGGCGCAGGACGUGUUCUGCAAGUCGCGCACCUUUACGUACGGCGGGUACGGGUAUGGCCACCUGAUUGA